AUAUAAAAAGAGAUUGAUGUGAGCAAACAAAUUACACAAAAACAUGGGAGACUUUGGAGAUCAGCCAUUGUUGAAGAAACAAUAUUACCAUGAAAAUUGUCCUGGUUGUAAGGUGGAUGAAGCCAAAGAAUUGAAAAAGGAUUUUACAUUCAGAAAUGUUUUCAACAUAUGGAUUGUUGUUUUAUGCAGCUCUCUUCCUAUAGCAUCUCUAUUUCCUUACCUUUAUUUCAUGGUAAAGGAUUUUAAUAUUGCUGAAACAGAAGAAGAUAUUAGUUCCUAUGCUGGUUAUGUAGGAUCUGCAUACAUGCUUGGUAGAGCUCUGACUUCAAUAUUGUGGGGAAUGGUAGCGGAUCGCUAUGGUCGAAAACCUGUUGUCAUUAUAGGAAUUAUUUCUGUGGUAAUUUUCAACACACUAUUUGGCCUUUGCACAAAUUUUUGGAUGGCUGUUAUAAUGAGAUUUGUUCUUGGAGGUUUAAAUGGUUUGCUCGGACCAAUGAAGGCUUAUUCUUCUGAAAUAUUUAGAGAAGAGUACCAUGCUUUAGGACAAUCAACGGUUGCAGCUGCUUGGGGAGUUGGUUUGGUCUUUGGACCGGCACUGGGAGGGUACUUGGCUCAGCCAGUCCAAAAAUAUCCAAAUAUAUUUUCAAAGGACUCCUUUUGGGAUAAGUUUCCGUACGCCCUGCCUUGCUUCAUUGUAUCAGCUAUGACCCUUGCUGUUGCAAUUUCUUGCAUUUGGUUACCGGAGACACUUCAUAACCACAAAGUAUCCACUGAUAAAAUUGAAGCUUUAGAAAAUGGAACCAAUGAAGCUGACAAAAAAAAGAUGAUCGAAAAAAAUGAAAGCCUUCUAAGGAAUUGGCCAUUGAUGUCAUCUAUUAUUGUUUAUUGUGUUUUCGCAAUUCAUGACAUUGCUUUUUCAGAGAUUUUCUCAUUAUGGAGUGUUAGUCCUCGAAGAUUGGGCGGUUUGAACUUUGCAACUAAUGAUGUUGGCAAUGUUCUCGCAGCAUCAGGUAUAGCUAUUAUAAUAUUCCAACUUGGUAUAUAUCAAUCAGUUCAAAAAAUUUGUGGACCUAUCGUCCUUGCUCGCAUCGCAGGGGUAUUAUCCAUACCAAUCUUGCAAAGCCUCCCCUUCAUGACAAUGUUAUCAGGCUUCACGUUGAACAUAUCGAUAUAUAGUGCUGUUAUUCUAAAGAAUAUUUUCAUUGAAAUAAUUUCUACUGGUUUAUUCAUUCUGCAAAAUAAAGCAGUGGAUCAACACCAAAGAGGUGUAGCAAAUGGCAUUUGCAUAACCGCUAUGUCAGCAUGCAAGGUAAUUGGUCCAGCUGGAGGUGGUGCAAUAUUAACUUGGUCACAAAAGCGGAUGCAUGCUUCUUUCCUCCCCGGCCCUCAUCUGGUCUUCUUUGGGCUCAAUGUUAUCGAAGGACUUGCAUUGUUGAUGACAUUCAAACCAUUCUUGACUGAAAGAAAAACACCCUCAAAACAAUUGUAUUAAUAUUAAUGAAGAUUUAUUAAGGGUGACGAGGUUAUACUUAUAUCAACUGGAAUGUUUGUUGACAAUGAAUAUAUCAACAAUUGAAAAUAUGCAGCCUAACGAUAAUACCAUUGAACGAUAAUUUGAAUUAUGUUUUAUGACUAUGUUCUAAAAUAUGUAUCAUGUAGAUUUAUCAUAAUUAUUGAGAUUUCAUGAUAGAUGAUCCAUAGUUGGCUUAGAUUAAUUGAGCGUGAAAUGUCUAAUUCCAUUUGAAUAUUUGAUGUAAUAUCAACACCUUAUAUAAUUUUAUAUAGGGUUAUUACCAUUUUUGCCCCCUGCCAUAUAGGCGACUUUUGGUUUACCCCCUGUAAAUUUUAUUUUUGUAAAA